AUGGCGGACUCAAUCCCUCAGGUACAGAUCGAGCUCCCAGCAGACGUCGAGAUGGAAGAAUCAACAGCUCUAGCAGCAGAAGAAAACCCUUCGGCAGAAGAGACCAAGGAAGAAGGGAAGGAUAAAGAGCCAGAAGUCCAGGAGACACCAGCCGAGCCCGAAGUCCCCACCCAGCAGUCGCUUUUCCUCAACUACCUUACAUCGCCCAUAGUACAGUUAGUGCUGGGCAAAGGUGAAGAGCAAACCACCCUCACGGCGCACCAGGCUGUCCUUGAACCGAGUCCAUUCUUUGCAGAGAAACUCUCCCAGUGCGAACAGACAGGUGAUAGGCGCAUCUACCUUGAAGACGAAUACACAGAUACAGUAGCAUGUUUCCUACAAUACCAAUAUACAGGAGAAUACUUCCCUCGGCUCCUCCCCUCAGGCAAAGACCUCGAACAAGAUCCAGCGAUCCCCAAGGUCGACUCGAGCGGCGACCAGCUCCUCAAGCACGCUCGAAUCUACAGUCUAGCUGAAAAGCUUGGAAACGAUAAACUCAAGUUGCUUGCUCAGAACAAGAUUGGUAGCAUUGAGAGUAGUGCCACGGGCGAGAUUGCGUACGCGAGAUAUGUGUAUAGCCAUACCACACCGGAUGACACUGCUAUCAGGGGACCGGUUGCUCGUUUCUGGGCUAAGAUGAGUGAUGUGCUGCGACAUGAUGCCGAGGAGGAGUUCAGAGCGCUGUGCCUUGAGCAUCCUCAGUUCAGUUUCGAUCUGCUUAAUCGGGUGUUGGAUAUGAAGGAAAAGAGGGCCAGGGAGCGUGAUAACACCAGCAGCCCGGCUUUCAAGGGCCCGGCUCGAAAGAGAUCUAGAGCUUUUUAA